CGAGUAGCAUCCGCCAUGGCAGUCGUCGUCGUCCCGCUAGCCUCAGCCAUUACUAUGGUUGCGUUAGGCUGUGGGGCCGUUUUUCUCUCGCUCUUAGUACACAGAACUGCUCAAGAAGUCGCUCAUGCUUAUCGCACGCCUCUCCGCUCUCUUCGCGGGCCGAAGUCCAAUAGUGUACUAUUCGGAAGCUUCAAGGAUGUCCUCGAGUACGAGGCAUACCGCACUCAGGAGCGUUGGAUACAGCAGUACGGCCCGAUAUUUAAGUUCCAGUCCUUCCUCAAUCGCGACUACCUCAUGAUUAUGGACAAGAAAGCUCUCCACUAUGUUCUGUCGAAAUUUGAGAAGACCCCGAUUGUGAACUUUGCAAUACGUGGCAUUGUCGGUGAAGGUAUCUUGACAGUCACAGGUUCAAAACACAAACAACAGCGCAAACUCAUGAGUCCGGCCUUCGGAGCUAUGCAAAUUCGUUCAUUCAUAGAGAUAUUCUUGAACAAAUCCAACCAACUUCGAGAUAUCUUACUCCACAAAACCACGCAGUCGCAUCGCACGGAUGGAGCAGUCACGGUCGACAUGUAUGGCUGGCUAAGCCAGGCCACUCUUGAUAUCAUAGGCUUAGCGGGAUUCCAUCAUGACUUCAACACGCUAAAUUCGUCAGAAGAUGGUCAUAACGAGAUUACCCAGGCUGUUUGGGAUUUAUUCGACUUCAAGGAGGACGAGAUCUCGUACAUCCUUCAACUCUUCCUACCAGUUACUCGGAUCAUUCCCACUGAACGGACACGGAAGCAGAAGAGAGCACUCAACGUACUCCAUCGGCUUGGUCAUUCCAUGAUAGAGCAGAAGAAAAUCCAGGUCCUCAAGGAGGCAGGACCUUCCGAUACGUCUAGCAAUGCGUCUGGAUCUCUUCAGAAGGCGGAUGUGCAGGGACGCGACCUUCUGAGUCUUCUGAUGAAAGCCAAUAUGGCGUCCGACAUCCCUGAAGACGCGCGAAUGUCCGAUGACGAGAUUGUUUCACAGAUACCUGCGUUUCUCAUUGCUGGAUACGAGACAACAAGCACUGCAAUUGCCUGGCUACUGUUCAAUCUAGCAUGCGAUCAGCGUGCUCAAAAAAAACUCCGUGAUGAGCUCCAAGCACUCCACUCUGAGAAGCCUACAAUGGACGAGCUGUCUGAGCUGCCUUACCUUGACAUGGUUGUACGCGAAUCCCUGCGUUUGCAUCCACCGAUCAGCAACUCUGAGCGUGUCGCUACGGAGGAUGAUGUAAUCCCACUGGAGACAGAAUUUCUGGAUAGAUACGGAAAGAGAAGCGACCAUGUUCGAGUUAUCAAAGGCGACAUUAUCUAUAUUCCUAUCCGCGCGAUGAACAGGUCUAAGGAAUUGUGGGGUGAAGAUGCCCACGAAUUCAAACCAGAGCGUUGGGAGAAUAUACCAGAUAAAGUCUCCGCCAUACCGUCCGUGUGGAAUAAUACGAUGACUUUCCUCGCGGGCUCGCACGCUUGCAUGGGCUUCCGCUUUGCAGUCAUUGAGAUCAAGGCUAUGCUCUUCACUCUGCUCAGGACGCUGGAAUUGGAACUUGCUAUCACUCCAGAGGAUAUCGGGAGGAAAACAAAUAUCGUCGGUCGCCCGUAUGUGAUUAGUGAUCCAGACGAAGGACCACAGCUGCCUAUGCUGGUGCGGGAAGUGUCCUAUAAGGGCAAGGAUUGAACGAUUUAUUACCGCUCGCAGAUACGAAGGAGGCUUCAAUUUGUAUGUUUCUGUAAUUAUACUACUGGUGGCGACCUGAUUUCUCAGAUAUAACGCUACCAUUGCACUGUAGAAGAGUUCUGAUCAGUGUACAGCGGUCCAAAAAUACAGUUCCUUUUGGUUUGGACCUAGAAGUGGACUACUCG